AUGCAUGUCGACACAGAUCCAGAUUGCCAAAUUGGCGGCUGGAACCUCCUGAGGACUUUGGACGCUGAAGUUGAUGGCUUCAGUGCUGGCAGUGCCGAGAACAUCGACACCUCCUUGGAUGGCAAUGGAGCGAGCGUGUGGCUCACCUCCGUCGAAGUGCACCUCCAUGGCCGCAUCGUGGCACAAGAGUUUGGUGCAAAUGGUGUGCUGCUGAUCCAGAAGGUCCAGGAAAGUCGGGACAAAGCCAGGCUGGUCCUUUGCUUCUUCAAGCAGCAAACCUAUUCCUUCUGGUACAAGGCACGAAACAUCCGUGGGAAUGCCCUGCACGUGCUGGCAGUGGCACGCCGCCAUCAAGUUGUGAACGAAGAAGUGUAUGAACUGAUCAACGUGGAUGAAGACGACUUGGAUCUUGAUACUCAAUGGCUGACCUCCGAGUGUAUAUUUAGAAGAGACCGAAGAAUAGGCCAUUUCCAAGCGCUUCAUUUGGCCGCGGGACGUGGCAACGUCGAAUUUAUCGAAAUGCUUUUGCAGGCAAGUGUGGACGUCGAUGUGAAAACGCGCUACCAGCACAAGGAGAAUUACACGGCGCUGCACGAGGCCUGCUUUUUCAACCAGUUUGGCGCGGUGGAGUGUCUUCUGGCAUAUGGUGCCAAUGUAAAUGCAAUCAACCUUCACAUGCUGACACCUUUACACAUCGCUGCUGCACAAGGAGGAUAUCGGAAUUGCCGUCUAUUGGUGAGAAGCGAAGCAAAUUUGGAACAAAAGGACGCAUCCAACCGCACUCCCCUUGAUGCAGCGAUGGAGGGUGGGAGAUUUCCACAUCACAAACUUUUUCACCUCACUGGGCGUGGUUUCAGCGACCUUCUGAAGGUGGCGAAUCACAGCCCUCAAGCAGCCUCCGACCUCUUGCGGCACGUCACGGAAGAUACGAUUCAUGGGAGCUGGGCCUCAAAUCUGGCAAAGGAGAUGAUUCAAUCUCCAUCAGAUGGGCUUCAGAAAUGGAUUUCCAUCCUCGGACUUGCCCCAAAAGCUGGAGAGGAGGUGAUUGAAGCUUUGACUGCAGAGCCACCCGUACAAGAUGAGUCUCAUCAUCCGCUUCCUCGACGAGUGAGUAUGCCUCCAGGCGAACAUUUCUUGUGCCAGUAUCAGCAAGAAGACUCCUGGGAAUAUUCCGGAUCGAAGAACAAAGCCUUUCCCAAUUGGCACAAGGAGCUAUGCCCAGGCUGCGAGAUGCGCUUGGCGACCAAGCCCAUCAAGAACCGCACAGAGAGGUUGUUGAGGCAGCUCUAUGCGUUUACCACCGGCCAAAGUACCGAUGCUUACAAUCGAAGGCACCGAGUGGAUCAAGUGGUACCCACCAACAACAUCACGCAAGAGGUUGCCAACUUCAGAGGUAAACCGAAGGCGCAGCUCACCGAUUUGGUGCCGGUGAAGGUGGUCAUUGUGAAGCUUCCAGGCAUCAUUUGUCCAAUGGUCAUGUAUGUUUUGAGCAGCAUCACCGACCGACACAUCUUCACGAAGAUCGGCGUCCGAGCCAUCGUGGAAUAUGUGUGGAAGAAUCUUGUCCGCUACCAGUACUACAACAAGACAUUUCAACGAUUCAUCGUCAUCGUUUUGUUGUUCUGCUUCGUGAGCCUUUGGAUCCCUGAAGAUCCAGAUUCCUUGGCGAGAAGAGGCUGCUGGAGUCUGAUUGCGGCACAAGUCUACCAUGAACUUUCUUACGAGAUCUUCGAAGCGCUUGGCCAUUGCUUUGUGCUGAAACUUCCUGAGGCCUACUUCUACAAGUUCAAAAACAUUUGUGACUACGGUUCGGCAGCCUUGGGAUGCGCUGUGAUGCAUUUGAGUCAGCACAAUUUGCACAUUGAGAGCUUGCCAGUUUUGCUUGCGGUCACUGUCAUGGGUCGUUGGGUUAUGUUCACCUGGACAUGUCGAGCUUUCGCAUGGGCCGGCGAGAAAAUCCUCCCAGUUUUGCAGGCCUCUUGCGUGCCGAUGGGAGGUAUACUGCUGGUCACUGGUCUGAUCUUUGCUGGCUUUUGGCAUGCCUUUGCGGCCUUGACAUUGGCAGAGAAGAGCCAAGAUCAGUUCAAUGUCCUGCUGGCGACGCUGCGCUUCUUGGUGCUGGGCGACGGGGACGGUGCAGGCGUCAUCAUCGGACUCUACAACAACGACGAGGAGCUCGGAUCACCAAUCACUUUCGUCCUUUUCUCCCUGGCUGUCAUCGCUUUCUGCAUUUGUUUGCUCAAUCUCUUCAUUGCGGUUCACAGUGAAGCCUACGAUAAGGCACAAGAAACCGCUCACAUCUCGUUCUUGCAGGAGAGAGCUGCGAUUUGCUUGAAUUGCUUGCUGAUGCCAAGUUGGCCACCAGCAGGUUGCUGCAAGGUUCAGCAUCCCCGCAGAGUCUGUUGUUGCAUCUACGUCCUGUCCCUCAUCGCGUGGGCGGUGCUGAUCUCGUAUCGACAGCUGCAUCCGUGGGUCGCCAGCUUCACCCUUCUUGGAGGAAGUUUGCUGGCCGACUCCGUGCUGCUGCAGCUGCCGUGGAGCAAAGAGGAGAGCGCCGAGUGUCCCGAGUGUCGAGCGCGUUAUGCGUUUGUAGCAGGUGGAACAGGUGGAACAGGUGGAACAGGUGGAACAGGUGGAACAGGUGGAACAGGAUAG